AUGUCCAUAAAUCCCCGGGAAAAACUGUCAUCAAUUCAUGAAGAAUUAUUAUCUGCGGAACACCAAAUUAAAAAUAGAUCGCUUCCUGAUCUUUGUAAGAUUAUUGACUACUUACCACGUAUUGAAUCUAGAAUUUAUUUAAUUCAAUACUAUUCUAUUGAAGCUGCUGAAAAUGCAUUUAAAAAAAAGCAAGUUCAAAAUAAUGCUUAUCAGGUCUUUAGCAAUUUGCAAAGGAGCCGUAUUAAAGAAAUAUGCUCGAAUGCCAAUUAUUUCUUAGGAUGCUGCUAUGAAAAUGGGGUUGGAUGUGAUAAAAAUGAUAGACUUGCUUUAUUUCAUUUUGAUUUAGCAGGUAAAGCUGCGAUAGAUGCUGGUGAAAUUAAUUUCACCAAUUUCACCAAUAGUGAUGAAAUUAUUUCACCACAUUUCACCACAUUUUAUCAGCAUCUAUAUUCAGAACUAGUGAUGCUGUGGAUUGGGGCGCAACCAGAGUUGUAUUGGGCACAACCAGGAGAGUUACCAGCACCAAAAAGACCAGCAACGAACCAGCGGCACCAAACCACUACACUAAAGAGACUAUUAAGAAAAUC